AUGGCUACGUAUGUUCACAUUUCUAGAGACCACGACGGAAUGUCUAGCACUCUACCAAGAGAUUAGCUAAGACGUUGAUAAAAAGUGUUCACUACAAUCCAUGGGAAACCUAGAUUAUCUUGCAGCUUUAAUCAUAUCUUCGUUUUAUAAGCCAAUGCCUGAUACAUCUACUUUCCUCUGAGAAGUUGAGAAGAAAAAGAAAAUUGAGGAUUGGAAUGAACUUGGCAGUUCAGUUCUAUUUAUCCACGUAUUCACCUUUCCGGUUUGGAUACAAUCAAUUUUUUUUUUCGAAUUUUUUUAUAAAUUCAACAAAGUAUUCGAGGAGGAAGAAGAUGUUCUUUUUUUUUCAGGCUGCUAGAAGAAUCACAAGAUUCUUUUUCAGUGAUACUAACAUUUUUCAUUUUUUUGGUAUAGCUUGUUAAGUUCUAUCGCUAAGGCUCUUAAACCUGAAAGUCAGCAAAAGAAGGAGAAGGCCCAACAAAAGGCUGCCUCUGAGAGAACUGCUGCUAAGAAGACCAGAAGAAUCGUAUGUAUCAAGUCCCGGUUGAGAUUUUCUCAUUUCCCACCCCACCGAGUCUUAUUUUUGAUGAUGAUGUCAAACCACGUUUAUGGCUAGCUUCGGCUGUGACGUCUUUCAGUUAACCAUCUUUCGGGACUGAGAAAAUAAGUUUACACAACAAUUUGCAUAUCCAAUUCCAGUGAAUACUAACUUUAGUUUUUUUUUUUUUUAAAGUCUAACAAGGAAAAGAGAAAGGUCAUUUACGACAGAGCUGCUAAGUACCACAAGGAAUACACUGAUGCUGAGAGAUCAGUCAUCAAGGCCAAGAGAGACGCUAAAGCUGCUGGCUCAUACUACGUUGACGCUCAACCAAAGUUGGUCUUUGUUGUCAGAAUCAAGGGUAUUAUGAAGAUCCCACCAAAGCCAAGAAAAGUGAUGCAAUUGUUGAGAUUGACCCAAAUCAAUGCUGGUGUUUUCGUCAGAUUGACCAAGGCCACUUCGGAAUUGCUUAAAUUGGCUGAACCAUACAUUGCUUACGGUUACCCAUCAUUGGCUACCAUCAGACAAUUGGUUUACAAGAGAGGAUACGGUAAGGUCAACAAGCAAAGAAUUGCCUUGUCCGACAAUGCCAUCAUUGAAGCCAACUUGGGUAAAUACGACAUUUUGUCCGUUGAAGACUUGAUCCACGAAAUCUACACCGUUGGACCAAACUUUAAGCAAGUCAACAACUUUUUGUGGCCAUUCAAGUUGUCCAACCCAACCGGUGGUUUCAGAUCAAGAAAAUUCCAACACUUUAUCCAAGGUGGUGACACUGGUAACAGAGAAGAGUUCAUCAAUGCUUUGGUUAAGCAAAUGAACUAA